UCAGCAGCAGCUCGAGUCGCCUGUGCCUUUGCUUCGUUCGACUCUUACGUCUUUCAGUCAGCCUGCGAGACUCAGGAUCGGGUUGUGGGUGAUUGUGCACUACUACUGCCCAUUAUACAUAUAUCAGUAUCUAUAGAUGUGCCAGGUUGUACUUGUGAAUGUUGGAUCUAACCUCAAAUAAGCAACGCGCGUCCUCGACAGUUGUUUAUUGUCAGUGCCUUUAAAAAGUGCAUGUACAAAUAUAAUUCGUUGUUUUCACGUAUUGGUGAAUCUAUAAAAAUGUGCGACCGCAACUCGCGAGUUUAAUAGGAAAGAGCAAAAAUUUCCGCCAAUAAUAGAUGUAUAGACGUCGACAUGGUGCUGCGUAAGUCGAGUAGGAGUUUGUUUUCAUGAAAGCCUUUCUUAGGUCUUUGCCUUGUUGCCUCAUUAAAAGUAUAAGUACUUUCAAUAAAUUAGCCUUAUUUUCAAACCAACUGCAAUUGUGAUCACUACUCUGAAGCAGUACUAGUUAUUUCAAACUUCUCAUCUGUGUUGUGUGCCAAACAAUGGAGUGCAGAUUUAGCUCUGCCUUACUGGCAAAUCAGCUUUUUCACAAUGUAGCUUUAUGCUAAAUAAGAGUCUAUGCAAAGUGAAAAUGAAGCAGUGGUAUAAUGCAACAAGCAUGUGCCUAGUGGGCUACAGCUUGAGAAUAUUCUGCAUGGCACUGUUCGCCGUAGCCAGCACCUCGGAAAAUCAAUGCCCUGUUGAGUGUUCCUGCUUGGGUAAUGCAGUCAUCUGUAAGGACUUACAGCUGGUUGGAGCACCUAAUGGCUUGCCUCCAUGGACUGAAAAUUUAAUCCUGAAGGGCAACAACUUUGCCAAUCUGCAGUUCGACGCGCUCGAGAGCCUGCCCAAGCUGCAAGAGCUGGACGUCAACUCGAACGUGCUGGGCGACAACUUCACGCUGAGCUUGUCGGACGAGGCACAGCUCAAACGUCUGAAAGCCAAUAAGAAUCGGUUGACGCGGAUUCCUCGGCUCCAGCGGCUCUUCCACUUGACGCAUCUCUCUCUUGCUCACAAUGCGAUAAGCGAAAUCAACAAGGACGCCUUGGCUGCUUACCCGGAACUGCAGUCUUUGGAUUUGAGCGGCAACAAGAUCAACAGUGUGCGCAACGCGACGCUGAACGCGGCUAAACUGAAGAAUUUGAACUUGAAUUCGAAUCAAAUAAGCCUAAUCGAGAGCAGCAGCUUCGAGAAGCUGCCCUCACUGCUGGAGCUACGACUGAACAAGAACCGACUGAGCGUGCUGAAGGACUAUCUAAAGAAGCUGGACAAGCUGCGCAUACUUGAAGUGAACCAGAACGAAUUACACCAGAUCGAUGCGCUGACAUUCAAGGAGUUGACGAGUCUGCGCAAGCUGCGACUUAAGCGCAACAAUAUUUCGGUUUUAAAUGACGGGGCGUUUUGGCCGCUGAGCAGUUUAAGUGAGCUGCAGCUGGACUUCAACGCAUUGCGCACCGUGCCCAAGGGCGCGCUCUUCGGUCUCGAACAACUGCGCAGCUUCGGCCUGUCGCAUAACCGUAUCAGCCUCAUCGAGCCCCUCGCCUGGGAGACCUGCAAAGAGCUCGCCGACCUAGACCUCUCGUACAACGAGCUCAGCCGCAUCGACCGAAUCUUCUUUACCUCGCUGCGCAAACUACGCAAGCUCAAUCUCGAGCACAACGGCAUCGUCUACAUUGCCGAAGGUGCCUUCAAGGAUCUGUCCAGCCUCCAAGUGUUAGAGCUCAACUCCAACAAGAUAUCCUACAUAGUCGAGGAUGCCUUCGGCAUAUUCGUCUCGCUGAGUCAGUUGCUCAAGCUGGGAAUCGCGCACAAUCAAAUCAAGUCCAUCCACAAGAAUGCUUUCAACGGCCUCAUGCAGGUUACCGAGCUUGAUCUCACUGGCAACAACAUUACCAGCAUCCAGGAGAACGCCUUUUCCCCCAUGGCAUCCAGUCUCACCACUCUUAAGAUGAAUACCAGUACGCUUUUCUGUGACUGCGGCCUGCAAUGGCUGAGCGUUUGGCUGCGCACACACCAAUUAAGUGAGACUAGAGUGCGCUGUGGUUAUCCGCAGUGGUUGCACGGCAAGUCGUUGACUCAGCUUCAUCAUGCCAAUUUCACAUGCGAUAAUGAUGAAUCUCCGAAGCCAAGGAUCAUCGAAGAGCCGGCGAGUCAGCUGAGCAUCAAGGGCGACAACGUGACGCUUAAGUGCAAGGCCGCUAUCACGGCCGAUGCACCCUUUCACUUUACCUGGAAGCACGAUAACUUAGAGAUCAGAGACAGAACGCUCUACAGCGACGAGGAGCCGUCGCUGCUCGACGGCUUGACCGUCGCCUCAUCAGAACUCCGCCUGAAUAACGUGAGCAACACCCACGCGGGGAGAUAUCAGUGCAUAGUUACUAAUAACUACGGCACCAGCUACUCGGCCAAAGUCAAAAUAAGUGUGCUAGUGUACCCAUCAUUUUCAAAAAGGCCACACGACAUUCGCGUGACGGCCGGUAGCACGGCAAGUCUCGAAUGCUCGGCCGAGGGAAUUCCUACGCCACAGAUAGCCUGGCAGAAAGACGGCGGCAACGACUUUCCGGCAGCACGUGAGAGGCGCAUGCACAAGAUGCCCACCGAUGACGUCCUCUUCAUCGUCGACGUUAAGACUGCCGACAGCGGCGUCUACUCUUGCACUGCUCAGAAUCUCGCUGGCAUUAUCGUUGCCAAUGCUACGCUUACUAUACUGGAGACGCCUUCGUUCGUAAAGCCGAUGGAGAACAAAGAAGUUAUUGUUGGUGGAUCAAUAGUGAUGGAGUGCAUGGCCAGCGGUUCGCCGCGACCGCAGCUGUCUUGGCGCAAGAACGGCAAUCCUCUGCAGGCGACUGAGCGCCAUUUCUUGACUGCUGAGAAUCAGCUACUGAUAAUCGUCAACACCGAAGCUGCCGAUGCUGGCAGUUAUGAGUGCGAGAUGAGCAACUCCCUCGGCACCGUUAUGGGCGCUUCUUUUCUCAACAUCAAAGCUGCUCCUAGCCCGAUGGUCAACGAAGAUGACAUGCUAGGCCUGAUAAUCAUCACGGUGGUUUGCUGUGCCGUUGGCACUUCAAUCGUCUGGGUGGUCAUUAUCUACCAGACUCGCAGACGCUUGAAUGCUGCUCAAACUGGCAACAGGCAGCCGAACACCGUUCUCCCCAACGCACCUGCCGAGCACGAGAUGGAAACGCACCUCUACCUGGACACAAGCUCGCAACACAGCAAGGACAGCGGCACCGGUGAUAGCACGAAUCCCAGCAAUGACCAACUUCAGUUUUGCCUCCCAGGACAAAUCGUCAAGUGUUCCGCGACCAGCGGAGAAGAUGCAGCCAAUAUAGAGGCCGUGGAGCCUCUACUUCAUUAUACCAAUCACGAGCGACACCGCUGCGAUGAGCUACACCACGAGUACGAAAUGACCGAAACAGCGCCACGCGCCAGAGAUAUGGACAAGGGCCCGGAUACUUCUUCGAUCGCAAACGCUCACCAAGCUUGAGCCACCUAUUAUCACACAGUAUGCCAAUUUUCUUCUUAGAAACGGCAUAUUCUGUUCCUAGGGUAUUGGUCAAUUCUUUGCAUUGUUCAUAGUAUAAUUCUGGCUUAACAAGCCUUUUAUGGUUUAAGCGUAAGCAUUAUAACAAUCACUACGUACUUUGAAAAAUAUUGACUUAGCUCUAUCCAAGCCUUUCUUUAUUUGGAGCAUUUCCGAAUUCAUAUGCGUAAAAGUAUAUCAUUUAAACUUCGAUGCUCCUAAGAACUAUAUUACUGUGCAAGUUUGCCAAAACUCGUAGUGAGUAGCUCCGAAUGAAAAUCGAAAGUGAAAAUGUGUCAUCAUUAUUAUGAAGUUCUAAACUUUACCGCUCAAUCGUGACUGUUUUGUAAAUAAUUGAAUCAAGUUAUACAACUGAUUUAUUGCCAUAGAUUUGACGCUUAGCUUGCGUCCACACUUUCCCGGUGGGUGUUUGUUACGAUGGAUCAAACUACACAGAUACACACACUGGUGCCAAAGUACAAACACUAGGCAAACAAUCUACAUGUACACUCAGGUAACACAGUGCGCCAUGUGUUCUCAACCUUUUAUAUAUUAGAUCAACUUUUUGUGAUAGAUUAUUUAUUUUAGCUGUAUUGAAGUUUGUAUAUUCAGAUGAUUGAUUAUAGUUUUCAAGAAAACCAAAAAAGUGGUUAAUUUUAUAUUAAAUUAAUUAAACAUUAAUUUAUACGUUUGAUUUAGCACUAUUUCUAGAUCAUUCGCAUUUUAAAAAUAAUAAUUUAAGCUGCGUUCUUAAUCUCGUACUCUUAUCACGGUACUACGCUUUUAUUGUUUAACGCAUAAUAAAGCGAAAACAUAAUAUUGACCAUGGAUAGUUAAUGAAUUUAUAUCGUACUAUUAGGCAUCGAGAAAAUCCGUUUUUGACUUCUUUUCAAGUUUUAUUUGCGUUCUUUACGAAAAAUUACUGUAAUAUUUUAUUAUUAGUCCUAUCAUGGUUCAUUUAAAUUGUUAAUAUCACCUGUGUAAAAACAAUAAUGACAAAAUAUACUUUAGCUUUAAAUCGAUUAUGAAUUCAAUAUUGAAAUCGUUGGUUAUAUGUUCUCAAGCUCAAAUCUGAGUAUUAAGCAUAAUUUACAUGAUGAAUCGGCUGUGAUGUAAUAAAAUUGAUAAUAAGAAAUUUAUCUGUUGAAAGGUAUAAAUCACUUGAUAAUAGUCCAAGAGCUGGCUCCGAAAAAUUGACGUCAAAACUAUAUGAUGAAAAGUUAAUCAAUCCAUGAAUUAAUGUAUGUACAUUGCAAAACUAAAUCGUUACCAAAAUAAUUGAGGACAUUACAAAUAGCCGCCAAUCAAACAUGAUUAUUUUUUGUACUGAAUUAAUGUACAAGUCAUACUUCCAGUCUCUUGUCGUAAUUUAUUACUUAGACUAUAAAUAAGGGUGGUCAAAUAUUAGCAAAAAUUUUAGGGUGAAUCGUGGCAAUCAGACAGGGAAAACAUAAAUUUUGCACAUAUAAUAAAACGUCAAAAUAAUGUACAUUGUUGUUGAGUGAUUUUUUUAUUGGUAGAUAUUUCUCGAACGUUGAUAAAGAGGGAAAAACAUGAUCUUUUUAUGAGAUUGAAAAACACCAUAAGAAUGUUUUCUGUUGUCAACGAAUAUGUAUUCUAUUGUAGAUGAAUGCGCCUUAUGAAAAAAAAAAAAACGUACCGAAUGUAAAAUAUUUUACGGUAUAUUUUUUGGAGUUUACAUGUUAUAAGAUUAAAAUUUUUUCUAUGACAGAAUAAAUGGUAUAGAUCAAUCGACAUAAAUAUCGAUGAAAAGUUGCCCACAAUCCAUUAUUACACAAGCCGAAUCUAGGUCAGAUGACCCCAACAUAAUCAUUCCAUCCAUUGCAUCCAAUUGUUUAUAAAAUGGUUUAUAAAAAUUUAUUUAAAUAAAUCACUAGAAAUUUUCGAAUUUUGAAACACUAAUCGCUAAACUAAUAAAACUUGAUUAUAUGUAACGAUUUUACGAACAAAAGGGCGUCUGAUAAAAAAAUAAGAAAAAUUUCAAAUAAGCUCUCUUUCUGUAUUUUUUCCUUUGAAUCCAUUACUGCGAUUAGUUUUUCAAAAUUCUAAAAUUUCUGGUAAAUUGCUCAAAUAAUUUUCUAUAAACAAUUGGCAAUGGGAAAAGAAAAAAAACAAGGACACUAUUUUUUUUAUUUAUGAAAUAAAUGGCAUAUACAUAUGUGGCCUAGAUUCGACUUGAGUAUUAAUGAAUUAUAGGAGCAUCAUUAUCAAUAUUUGUCGAUGGGACCUAGAGAAUUAAUUCUGCCAUUGUAAAAAGCUCAAACUUGUAACACAUAAAACUUAAAAAACGAAAUUGCAAAAUGCAUUGUUUCACAAUAUCUUUUCUUUUCUUUUUUUAUAAAGCGUGUCUUUCGCAUUGCGGCACGACCUUACUUGAUGCUUUUAAAUAUAUUUGGCCCAUGUUAUGAUAUAUUACUAUGUAUAAAAUACAUAUCCGUAAACCAUUCAAUUUCUUUGACGUUUGCCCGUCGCAUGAAAAGGUUCUUCCACUCUGCCGACACGUUUGACUCAUGAAAAAUUUCUGCUAAUGAAAAAAAUCAUCACUUAAUUACAAAGUAGACUUUCAAUACAAAACAAAUGCAUUAUGCUUUAACGUUUUUGUUACUUGUGCCAAAUUCGGGUUGGGUUCUCCCAUCUUUGACCCGUGAAAAAUUACAACCAAUGUUUAAUCUUCUGUAGUUAUAAUCUAAGCAGUAAAUUACGACAAAAAACGGAAAAUAUGAGUUGCAUAUUAAUGCAAUACAAAGUAUAAUCAUUUUUCACAGGCCGCCAUUUUCAAACGCCCCAACUUUUAAACCAAAAAUUUCUUUUAACAAUGUAUACGUUAAUCGACGGAUUAAUUAACUUUUUAGGUCAUACUGUUUUGACGUCUUUUUUUUUGGGACUACCUCUUGUACUAAACCAAUUUUAUCACUCUCAGUUAAAGCCCAGAUAUGUUUAUUUUUCCGUAAAACGGCACAAUAAUAAACUUAUAACAUGACCAUAGAUUUUUUUAUAUGUCAUCUUACUGUAAAUUUAUCUCGUCUUUUCUAUUAUUUAUCACAGCCAUGAUAUAAUCGUGAUGCAUGAUGCAGCUAUCCAUUUUCAUGGUAAGAAAAACCGUAAAAAAAUUUUGAAAGAAUCAUUGUUGGUUUACAUAAGGUAAAAAUAUUUGCCAAUAUUGUAAUCUUUCUCAAAGUGCCACGCUUGACAAUACGCCUUAUGAUAAAAGAUAUGAUAUGCCUUAUUAAUAGAGUUAAAAUUUAAGAUAAAUUUAUAUUCUAUACUCUAUGUAUGAAAAAUUAUAUCUAAAAAAUAUAGGGAUAUACGUGUUUAUUACAACUAAUUUUUAACGUGUAUUUUCAUAAAAAUUCAAUUUCAACAGUAUCUAUUGCAAAAUAGUUCUUUAUUUGGGUUAAAUCUGCUUAAUUAAAUUAAAAAACAAUAUGCGUCAAAUAUGUUUAAUAAAUGAUUGUAAAAUAAAAAUGAGCACAACUGACUUGAGCCAGCGCAAUGAGCUUUUUUGAAAUAUAAUUGAAUACAUUUUUUUAUAGAUUUAUGUUACUAUGUUACAACUUUUUUAAUAACGUAUAGUAAAUAAAAACCGAAGUCGAUCGACAAAUGCACUCGGUAUUGUACUUGUAUUUUCGGUUGAUGUUUGUAUGUUAGUUGUUAAUAUUGGAAGUAUAGUGAUAUUGAAACUUGUGAGUGCAAAAAGUACAAGAUAUGGCGAUUGGGAUGUAUACUUGUCAUAUAAUGAUUGAACUUGGUCGAGUUUGCAUUCUGGUCUUAACAGACUUUAACAUCUAUUUGAUCCAGUAUUUUAUCUUGUUAUGUAACGUAUGAUACAUAUUGUGUACAAAUACAAACUUAAUAAACU